AUGUGACUAUUUUCGAUCCUGUCCUAUUUCUGGCAUCACCCACGUAUCUAAUAAAUCAUAAUAUCUAUGAAUUUUAUAUCGUUGCGUGUGUAAUGCCGUUGCGCAUAUAAACAUUUUAUUUAAUUAAACUCGAUGGAUGGCCGUAACGCUUCGUCUAAGGUUUAGAAGCGAGUGGCAAUCUUAUGUGACCUUGUCUAAGAAGAAAUUCAUUACUAUGCCAUGGCGGUACAACUGUUCAUCUAUAAAACAUAAAGUAAAUGAGCAUGUGGAGACAGCAAUAAAUAGAGCUGUAAUUGAGCACAGAACAGAAGAGAUAAUAGAUCAAAAUAAAGAAAACUAUCCACCCUCAGAAUCACAAUCCAUUGAUGUAGGACUGUAUAGUUCUAUGAUCAAAAUAAUAGAAAGAAGAGAUAAUAAAAUGAUCAACCAAGAACAUAUACUGAAGAAUAAAAAACAAGAAAUAUGUUGGUAUGUUAUAAAAUGCACUUUUAUUUUUAUUGUUUCUUAAUAAUGUUUGAUAUAUCAAUUCAGUGAAUCUUAAUAAUACUAUUGAAUUAAAAUAGAAAACACUUAUUAGAAAUGUAAUAUUAUCAAACUAUUAGAACAUAUGCAUUGGCCAUUUUAUCAAAAUUUUAAGAAAAAGAUGACCAUAAUAUUA